AUGGCAGAGCUGGUCCUCGCCGCCAGCGACCAGGGGAUUCUUGGCAGCGAUCUCCGCUCGGGAGCGCUGGUGGCCCACCUCGAAGAUCCUGGCGGUGUCCAGGCAAAUGCCUUCGGCUGCAUCGAUCCAGGCUGCGAGCAUGUGUACGCCGUGCAGGCGAACAAGGCCCUUUGGCAAGUCUGGGACUGGAGCAAGCGACCCAGCUACCGAGCCAGCUUGCCCGAGAAGAUCACUGCCAUGGCCUUCAGCCCGGAUGCAUCUCUCUGCUUCGCAGGGGCCCUGUCCGGCACGCUCUACAUUUGGAUGAUGAGCACGGGGACACUCCUACGCUGCUGGCCGGCGCACUUCCGGGAGAUUACCCAAAUCCUGGUCUCAAGUGAUGGCGGCUUCCUCAUCACCGCAUCCGCAGACUCCGCCGUGCACGUGUACAACCUUGCAGAUGUCCUUUGCGAUGCUGGGGCCGCCAAGCCCUUCCACACGUGGUCCGGGCACUCACUGGCUGUCACAUCCUUGGCAUUUUUGGGUGGCACUAGCACUCCCCGCCAGAUUGUUGCCACAGGCAGCCUGGACAGAUCGGUCCGUCUUUGGGACGUAGGUACUGGGAAGCCCCUGCUUUCUCGCACCAUGCCAGCACAAGUUCACGGCCUCAGUGCUGGGUCCUCGGCAUCCGAACUCUUUGUGGCUUCGGGGAAUGGUGGACUUUGCAGUUUGGCCACCGCCAGCUUUUCGGCCGACAGCUGUGCUUACAUUGGCCACACGGGGGCAGUUCACAGCUGCGCAACGGCCGGCGACGGGAGCCGAGUCGCGUCAUGCAGCGAUGUAGAUCGUGUUCGGAUCUGGGAGACUCGCACUCGACAAUGCGUGGCACAACUGCAUGCGAGUCGAGACGUCAAGGUGUCAGCCGUUCGCAUCGUGCGGAAGUUGCCCCAGUUGCCCGGACUUCCGCCGUUCCAACCCUUCCAGCGUAUGCUCGUCGCGGCAGAAGAGGUGCCGUCUGUCUCAAGAUGCUUCUCUGGCCGGGAGUCCGCGCUGAAGCAGCGCAUGGGGCCCUACACGACGCUUCCAUGCAUUUGGCAGACAAACGCUCUCUUUGGACCCUAA